AUGUCAUCUCGGCCGCGCCGUGCGACGCGCCGACAGGCUAUUGUUGACUCUUCUGACGAUGAAGAUGUCGCCAACACCACCGUCAAGGUUGAAAGCGAGGACGACUUUGAACCCGAACCUUCCAAAAGCCCAGUGCGACGACCAACCCGCGCGCGCAAGAGUGCUGCCGCGACAACUCCUGCUCCCGCAACCACAGCCCCGCGACGAAGAGGCAGACCAAAGAAGAAUGUCGAAUCUUCGAUUGUUGAGGCGCCUUCUACUCUUGAAUCUGUCAAGGCCGAGGAGCCCGAGCCUAGUUCCGUGAUGGAAGAAGCUCCGUCGAUGGUGGAGGAACCUGCCUCUACUAUUGAGCCCACCGAGGUUUUCGACGCAAAUCAGACUGCCGCAACGAUCGAGCAGGAGAACACUCCCAGGAAACCUUCGCCCACACCCAAAAAGCAGAGGAGGAGCGUUGCCCCCAGAGCCUCCAAGUCCGCGACUCCCGAGUCUGCUGGGCCGAAUGCCUCGGUCGCAGGCCUUAAGCCUUCUGCCUCACCACAACCUUCCCAGCGCGAGCCUUCCCAGCGCGAGCCUUCCCAGCGCCGCAGUGAGCCUUUGGCCGACAUCACAGCCUCCAGCGUCAACGAGCAGCGGCCUUCUUCAGAUGAGACUCAGGCUACCGUAAAGCCUAUUCGCGCCAUGGACACCGUUAUGGAGAAGCCCAUGGAUAUUGUCCUCAAGUCGCGCAACCUUGCUGUCCCCGUUGUUGAGGAUACGACCCCCAAGCCGCGCCUUGUCAUCACAUACCUCAUUCUGACAAACUUCAAGAGUUACGCCGGACGUCAGGAAGUUGGUCCCUUCCAUGGGUCUUUCUCGUCCGUCGUCGGCCCGAACGGUUCUGGAAAGUCAAACGUUAUUGACUCUCUCUUGUUCGUCUUUGGUUUCCGCGCAAGCAAGAUGCGUCAGGGAAAGCUGUCUGCCCUCAUUCACAACUCCGCGCAAUACCCCAACCUAGAUCACUGCGAGGUCUCCGUGCACUUCCGUGAGGUCAUGGACCAGCCCGGUGGUGGCCACGAAGUCAUUCCCGAUUCCGAUCUCAUCAUCUCCCGCAAGGCCUUCAAGAAUAACUCAAGCUCAUACUACAUCAACGGCAAAACCUCAAACUUUACGUCGGUUACAACCCUCCUCCGUGAGCGCGGUAUCGACCUCGACCACAAGCGUUUCCUGAUUCUCCAGGGUGAGGUCGAAUCCAUUGCCCAGAUGAAGCCGAAGGCUGCCAACGAACACGACGACGGUCUUCUGGAGUAUCUCGAGGAUAUUAUUGGCACCUCCAAGUACAAGACACCAAUUGAAGAGGCUGCAGCUGAGGUUGAGGCACUCAACGAGACCUGCAUGGAGAAGAGCGGUCGUGUCCAGCACGUCGAGAAGGAGAAGAACAGUCUUGAGGACAAGAAGAACAAGGCCCUCGCAUUCAUCCGGGACGAGAAUGAGCUCGUCAUCAAGCAGUCUGCACUCUACCAACUCUUCAUCAGCGAGUGCAACGACAAUGUUGCUGUCACGGAGGAAGCCAUCAGUCAGAUGCAGGCACAAUUGGAUGAUGAGCUUGAGAAGCACCACGGAGGCGAAAAGAUCAUUAAAGAGCUGCAGAAGGCCUAUUCUAAGGGUAGCAAAGAGUUUGAAGCCGAAGCAAAGAACACCGAGGCCCUGGUUAAGGAGAUGGCCAAGUUCGAGCAAGAGCGUGUCAAGUUCGAUGAGAAGAAGAAGUUUCUCAACGACAAACAGAAGAAGCUCGAAAAGACCAUCACUAAUGCUGAGAAGUCUGCUACCGAAGCCGAUGAUACCAUUGCCGAAUGCGCCGAAGACAUUGAGGCUCGCGCCAAGGAGAUUGCCUCUCUGGAGAUCCGAGUCCAAGAAGAAGAGGCAGAACUCGCCAGUAUCCGUGAGGGCCUCAAGGGCAAGACCCAAAAGUUCUCUGACCAAAUCGCCGUCAAGCAGAAGUCACUGGAGCCCUGGAAGGAGAAGAUCAACCAGAAGCAAUCUGCCAUCGCUGUUGCGGAGAGCGAAAUGAACAUUCUUGAAGAGAAGGCCAAUGCUGGUGCCGUGGCCAUCUCCGAAACAGAGGCAAAGAUUGCGGCCAUCGAAGAUCGUAGAGCAGCAAAGGCUGAGGAGCUCAAGGAAUGUCAAGCCGAAAAGGCCAAGUUGGAGCAAGAAGCCAAGGAGGUCGAACACGAGCUUGGCCGCUUCAACUCACACGAGGCCAAGAUCCGCGCAAAGGUCUCCAACGCCAGACAAAAGGCCGAUGAAGCUCGUUCCAGUUUGUCUAAGACGCAGACUCAGGGUAACGUUCUCACGGCCUUGAUGCGCAUGAGAGAGUCCGGCCGUAUCGAUGGCUUCCACGGAAGGCUUGGUAACCUGGGUGCAAUCGACGAGAAGUACGACGUUGCCAUCUCUACUGCCUGCGGUGCGCUCGACAACUUUGUCACCGACACCGUCGAGGCUGGUCAGCAGUGCAUCGAGUACCUUCGCAAGACCAACCUAGGCCGUGGCAACUUCAUGUGCUUGGACAAGUUGAGAGUGCGCGACAUGAACCCUAUUCAGACACCUGAAAAUGCGCCUCGCCUAUUCGACCUGGUCAAUCCCAAGGAGGAGAAGUUCAGGCCUGCUUUCUACCACGCCCUUCAAGACACCCUCGUCGCCAAGGACCUUGCCCAAGCCAACAGAAUUGCUUACGGCGCCAGGAGAUGGCGUGUGGUUACUCUGGCUGGCGAGCUCAUUGACAAGUCUGGUACCAUGUCCGGUGGUGGUAACACCGUCAAGAAAGGCCUCAUGUCUUCCAAGCUUGCCUCUGACACCACCAAGGAGCAGGUCGCCAAGCUCGAGGAGGACCGUGAUGUGCUUGAAGAGAAGUACCAAGACUUCCAGGAGCAACAGAGGGAGCUCGAGACCAGGUUGCGCGACCUGAACGAGCAAAUCCCCCAGCUUGACACCAAGAUGCAAAAGAUCAACCUCGAAAUCGAGAGCGCGGCGAGAAACCUUGCCGACGCCCACCGUCGUAUCAAGGAGCUGAGCAAGGAGCACCAGCCAUCUGCCUCGGACAACAACCGCAUCGCCGCUCUCCGCAAGGAGAUUGCGAAGCUCAACAAGGAACUCGAAAAGCUCCACGACGAGACGUCUGGCGUCGAGGAAGAGAUCAAGGCUCUCCAAGACAAGAUCAUGGAGGUUGGUGGUGAGAAGCUCCGUCUGCAAAGGGCCAACGUCGACGCCUUGAAGGAGGAGAUCCAGUCCCAAAAUGAGGAAACCACCAAUGCUGAAGUCCGCAAGGUCAAGGCUGAGAAACAAAAGACGAAACUGGAGAAGGACCACGCCAAGGCAACAAAGGAGCUUGAGGCAGCCAUCCAAGAUCUGGAAAAGCUGGAGCACGAGAUUGAAAACCAGGGUGAAAAGGCAGAGACACUCCAGAGUCAGGUUGAUGAGGCCGAAGAGGGUUUGGCAGCGAAGAAGGAGGAGCUGUCAUCUCUCAAGGCCGAGCUCGACGAGAAGACUACCGAGCUUAACGCAACUCGCGCUACUGAGAUUGAAAUGCGCAACAAGCUCGAGGAGAACACAAAGGCCCUGCAGGAAAACCAGAAGAGGCUCAUGUACUGGAAUGACAAGCUCUCCAAGCUUACGCUUCAGAACGUGGAUGACCUGACUGGCACCUCCAACUCGACAGUCAAGCCUCCGCCUACUCCCAUCAAGAAGGCCGCCGAGGAUGAUGAAGAAGAGGAAGACGACGACACAGUGGUCCGUGCUGAAGUCGAUGAGUCUCUUCAGUCCGCCGUGGCUGAGGAGGCUGCUGAGGCCGAAGAAGCGGAGGAAGCAACUCAGCCUACGAGACAGCCCUCGGAGCUGCCAGUCUACACUCCCGAUGAGCUAGCUGGCAUGAGCAAGGAGAAGCUCAAGGGAGAGAUUGCGGCCCUCGAGGAAAAGACCCAAAAUGUCAACGUUGACCUGGGCGUCCUCUCCGAGUACCGUCGCCGUGUUGAAGAGCACGCGGUGAGAUCAUCAGAUCUUCAAAAUGCCGUUGGCCUACGUGACACUGCCAAGAAGCGCUGCGAUGAGCUGCGUCGCCUGCGUCUCGAGGGCUUCAUGGAGGGUUUCAGCACCAUCUCCCUACGCUUGAAGGAGAUGUACCAGAUGAUCACCAUGGGUGGUAACGCUGAGCUUGAGCUCGUCGACUCUCUCGAUCCCUUCAGCGAAGGCAUUCUCUUCAGCGUCAUGCCUCCCAAGAAGUCAUGGAAGAACAUCAGCAACUUGUCCGGUGGUGAGAAGACACUAAGCAGUCUGGCUCUGGUCUUUGCCUUGCAUCACUAUAAGCCGACACCCCUUUACGUCAUGGACGAGAUUGAUGCUGCGUUGGACUUCAGAAACGUUUCCAUUGUCGCCAACUACAUCAAGGAGCGUACAAAGAACGCCCAGUUCAUUGUUAUUUCGCUCCGAAACAACAUGUUCGAGUUGGCUUCCCGUCUUGUCGGUGUUUACAAGGUGAACCACAUGACGAAGAGUGUGACGAUUGAGAACCAAGACUACAUCGUUCGCACUCGGCAAAUACCACCGGGAAGUCAGGCAACGCAGCAGACGGCGGCAGCGCGGUGA